UUUAAUAUGAUUGGCUUAUAUACUUAGAUCCAUGAGGAACUAGUGGCAAAAACCAAUCAUAUCAAAGAUUUUUACAAUAGUUGCAAAGUUGCUUUCUCUGCUGAUCGCAGCCAUUUUGUUUCAAGCUUGUGAACGUUCAAAGGUUGAAAUUCGCACGCAAUAGUAAGAGAAUAAAUUUUAUAUAAAGAAAAAUGCUAAACAUGGAGAUAGUAGGAGCAUGCAUAAAAUGUAACUUUGACACGCCGAUUGCUGUGCAAGAAUUACGAGAACAAAUCGAAGAAGCAACGGGGCUUGUACACAACCAAUAUUAUAUCCUGUACAAUGGUCGACUUGUACAGGACAAUGAUAUCUGUUCGAAUAAUCAUGCAGUUGUGGUUCCGAGACUGUUGGGUGGCAAAGGUGGUUUUGGAUCCAUGUUACGUGCGAUAGGUGCACAGAUAGAGAAGACAACGAAUCGCGAAGCCUGCAGGGAUCUCAGCGGUCGCAGAUUGCGUGAUAUAAAUGAGGAAAAGAGGCUGAAAGCUUGGAUCGAGAAGCAGACCAAGAGAGAGAAAGAGUUAGUUGAGCGCAAGAAGAAGAAACUGGAGAAACUGUGCGCUGAACCAAAACAUGAGUUCAAAGAUCAGCGUUAUGAUCAGGAGCGUGCAGAGUUGACCGAGAGGGUUGGAGAUGCUGUGGAAGAAGGCUUCAAGGCCGCUGGCACUUCGGGCAUUAAGAGAAAACGAGAAGAGACCAACAAAUCUAAUAAACGCAAGACCAUGCUAUAUUUAGACAUCGAUAUAGACUCGGAUGAGUUUGAUGAUUCUGAUGAUAAUGACAUGGAUGAAGCACUACCAGAAGAAAUCAAGACGAAAGAACAAAUAUCAAAUGAGAGUGGACAUUCCAGUGACGAUGCCGAAAAAGUCAACGAAAACGAAUGUUCCAAAUCUAAAUCAUUGAUUGACAAUCAAAUAAGCGACAAAACAUCAAGUAAUGAUUCAUUAAAUACAAAAUGUAUUGUCGACUCUGUGUAAAAUCUUACCUAAAAAAAAUCUAUAAAAUAAAAUAAUUAUCUUUUAUUAUUAUAUAUAUGUUGUUUUAGAGAAGCUAGGUUGAUAUUAGCUUUAUAUCAGAAUUAAUUUGUGCAAUAAUCACUUUAUUAUCAGAGAUAAUACAAUAAAUCCAACAUAGUAUUU